AUGAGCGGUCAAUAUUGCACCGUCCGUCAGUGGCUUCGAGAAGCCUCACAGGUUGGCGCCAGUCAGGCCAGUCACCAACAUCACGGGUUGUUUUGUGCAGUGGCUGCGAAGACUGAGAAGGACGUCACCCAGCUUCAGAUCGGCGUCAAGUUCAAGCCCAAGGACUGUCCGCGCAAGGCUAAGAACCUCGAUACUGUCAAGGUUCACUACAAGGGCAUGCUCACCGAUGGCACUAAAUUCGACUCCAGCUACGACCGCAACGACCCCUUCGAGUUCCGCCUUGGCAUGGGCAACGUGAUCAAAGGGUGGGAUAUUGGCAUCCUCGGCAUGUGCAUUGGCGAGAAGCGCAAGCUCAAAAUCCCGCCCCACAUGGGCUAUGGCGAGAACGGCUCUCCUCCCAAGAUUCCAGGUGGAGCGACGCUUAUCUUUGAGACAGAGCUGGUGGACAUAGUGGAUGUGCCGGAGGAGGAGGAGCCUGAGGAUGAGGAUUUCAAUGACGACGACAUUGACGACACAGACCCCCAGGGGGAGGAUGAUGAUGAUGACGAGGAUUUUGAUGCCGAUGAUGACUUCUACAAGCGGGAGGAUGAUGGCGAGCUGUGA